GAAGCCCUUACCAGCCCUUGAUUGAAGCCCUGGGAAACCACCCACAGAAGAAGUUCUACAAUGUGUCGAAGCUCGGAGGCGCCAAGUAUGAUACUCUGCCUUACUCCAUACGAAUGCUGUUUGAGUCCAGUGUCCGUAACUGCGAUGGCUUCUGGGUGAAGGAAACGGAUGCUAUGAACAUCUUGGACUGGAAAACAAAACAGAACAAUGUUGAAGUGCCCUUCUGUCCUGCCAGAGUUGUUCUUCAAGACUUCACUGGAAUUCCUGCAAUGGUGGAUUUUGCUGCCAUGAGGGAAGCUGUGAGAAAUGCUGGAGGAGACCCAGUGAAAGUCAAUCCUGCCUGCCCAACUGAUCUCACUGUUGACCAUUCUCUGCAGAUUGAUUUCAGCAAAUGUGCAAUACAGAAUGCUCCCAACCCUGGAGGUGGUGAGUCCCAGAAGCCUCUGGCCAAGCUGUCUCCACUGAAGGCUCAGCCCCGGAGAGCUCCAUGCCGGGCCCAGCCUGGCUGCCGGGGGCCCUGCGGCGCCGACUCGAGCCGCGGUGCGGGAGCCUUUUCUGCACAGAUUGAGAACACCCCCAUCCUCUGUCCCUUCCACCUGCAGCCCGUGCCUGAGCCUGAGACAGUAUUGAAAAAUCAAGAGAUGGAAUUUGGCAGAAACAGAGAGAGGCUUCAGUUCUUUAAGUGGAGUUCAAAGGUUUUCAAGAAUGUUUCCAUAAUUCCACCUGAGACUGGAAUGGCACACCAAGUGAACUUGGAAUAUUUAUCAAGAAUUGUUUUUGAAGUGCAAGAUCUCCUCUAUCCUGAUAGCGUGGUUGGCACAGACUCGCACACAACCAUGGUAAAUGGCUUGGGUAUCCUGGGCUGGGGCGUCGGGGGCAUCGAGACGGAGGCAGUGAUGCUGGGCAUGCCAGUGACCCUCACCCUGCCUGAGGUGGUGGGCUGUGAGCUGACAGGCACAGUCAGCCCCUUUGCCACAUCCAUAGACAUUGUUCUAAGCAUUACAAAGCAUCUUAGGCAACCUGAUGUGGCUGGAAAAUUUGUGGAGUUUUUUGGGAGUGGUGUGUCCCAGCUGUCUGUAGCAGACCGAACCACAAUAGCAAAUAUGUGUCCUGAAUAUGGUGCUAUCCUGAGUUUUUUCCCUGUUGAUAAUGUGACACUGAAGCACUUAAAGCAUACAGGUUUUGACAAGGCCAAGCUUGAAGUCAUGGAAGCAUAUCUUAAAGCUGUGAAGUUAUUUAGAAGUGAUGAGAGUUCUUCCAGAGAACCUGAGUAUUCCCAGGUAGUGCAAAUUAGUCUAAGUUCUAUAGUUCCAUAUGUCAGUGGCCCCAAGAGGUCCCAGGACAGAGUGGCUGUUAAUAACAUGAAAAGUGACUUCCAAGCCUGCCUAAACGAAAAGAGUGGUGUUAAAGGGUUUCAGAUUGCAGCUGAGAAGCAGAAUGACACUGUGCCUGUUGAGUAUGAAGGAAAUGAAUACAAGCUGUCCCAUGGCUGUGUUGUCAUUGCUGCAGUCAUCAGCUGCACAAACAACUGCAACCCAUCUGUCAUGCUUGCUGCAGGACUCCUGGCCAAAAAGGCUGUUGAGGCUGGCCUGGUGGUGAAGCCCUACAUCAGGACAAGCUUGUCACCAGGCAGUGGCAUGGUCACACAUUACCUCAGUUCCAGUGGAGUAUUGCCAUACCUCAGCAAGCUUGGGUUUGAGGUUGUUGGCUAUGGGUGUUCCACCUGUGUUGGGAACACUGCCCCUCUGCCAGAAGCCAUCAGGAAUGCAAUAAAGCAGGGUGAUAUCAUUGCCUGUGGAGUGUUGUCUGGCACCAAGAACUUCGAAGGUCGCCUGUGUGACUGUGUCCGUGCCAACUACUUGGCGUCUCCUCCGCUGGUCGUGGCCUACGCCAUUGCCGGCACCGUUCGGAUAGACUUUGAAACUGAGCCUCUGGGCACUGGUUUUAAUGGCAAAAGCAUUUACUUACGAGAUAUUUGGCCCACCCGAAAAGAACUUCACACGGUGGAGGAAGAGUGUGUGAUAUCAUCCAUGUUCAAGGAGUUGAAAGAAAAGAUGGAGAAAGGAAACAAACGAUGGAAUUUAUUGGAGGCACCAGAGUCAACUUUAUUUCCCUGGGAUCUAAAAUCUACUUAUAUCAGAUGUCCUUCCUUUUUUGAUAAACUUGCCAAAGAACCAGUUUCACCACAGCCAGUUGAACACGCCCAUGUCCUGCUCUACCUGGGGGACUCUGUGACCACAGAUCACAUCUCUCCUGCUGGGAGCAUUGCAAGGAGCAGUGCUGCUGCCAAGUAUCUGACCAGCAAAGGGCUCACACCUCGUGAAUUCAACUCCUAUGGGGCUCGAAGGGGUAACGAUGCAGUGAUGACAAGAGGUACCUUUGCAAACAUCAAGCUUCUGAACAAGUUCAUAGGCAAACCAGCUCCUAAAACUAUUCACUUCCCAUCAGGACAAACGCUAGAUGUGUUCGAGGCAGCAGAGCUGUACCAGAAGGAAGGCAUUACUGUCAUUAUUCUAGCAGGAAAGAAGUAUGGACUGGGUAGCUCAAGAGACUGGGCUGCAAAAGGGCCUUUUUUACUGGGUGUUAAAGCUGUCCUAGCUGAAAGCUAUGAGAAGGUUCAUAGGAGUCAGUUGAUUGGAAUUGGCAUUGCUCCACUUCAGUUUCAUCCUGGGGAAAAUCCAAGCACUUUGGGUCUCACUGGCAGAGAGCAAUUUUCUAUACUGUUCCCUCCAGAGCUGUCACCCAGAAUGACUUUGGAUGUUAAGACAAGCACUGGGAAAGCAUUCAGCGUGAUUGCCUUGUUUGAGAACAGCAUGGAGAUAACUUUGUACAAGUCUGGUGGAAGUCUAAACUUUGUGGCUCGAAGAUUCUUAUAGUAGCUACUGACUCUCUGGGUACUUUGCAUAACUGGUAACUCUGAAAAUGCCUUGUGUGAACCCAGGAAUCUGUACUGUGGAACUGCAAACAGUCCUAGUGUGCUCAAAGUUACUUCGUCCAUGGAUGUAAAAGAUUGUGAAUCAUUGUAACUGCAACGAGAUCCUUCCUGAUUUUAAAUAAUAUUCUAAUGGUGCUAUUAAACAUUGCUAAAAUCAACAUGUGUAUUGUGGCAGAGAGCUGUAAGUAUGGAGGGGAUGUUUUAUCAGACCAUUUUGUAAAUAAACUAUGCGAAAUCUGAAA